AACGCAUUCCUUGCUCCACGCUAUCAUAUCAGUGCUUAAUUUAAUUCUCCCCUGGUGCAGCAGCGGUCGAGCCAUGGCGGGGGCGACGAUGAGGAGGAAGGACUACAUGAUGGCCGCCAUCGUGGUCGCGGUGGCGCUGCUGGCUUUGCAGGCGGGCACGGCGAGUAGCGCGGCGGCGACGACGUGCAACGCGGGGCAGCUGGCGGCGUGCGCGGCGGCGGUCAUGACGGGGGCCAAGCCGAGCGCGGCGUGCUGCUCCAACCUGCGCGCGCAGCAGCGCUGCUUCUGCAAUUACGCCAAGAACCCCGUCUACGGCCGCUACAUCAAGAGCCCCUACGUCCGCCAGACCGUCGCCACCUGCGGCAUUGUCUUGCCACGCUGCUAGCUAUACCUACCUACGCUCGACCAUGUGUACACCCACACCCAGUAACCCAGGGUUGCCGCUGGGCCUGGGGCCUGGGCGGUCACACAAAUUAAGUCCACGUCCAUAUCUGGUCGUUUAAUCCUACGUGUGCGUGUGUGCUUAUUAAUUACUCCAUCCGUCACAUACAAGUGAUGCAAAUUGGAUCAAAUAUGGACGCACCUAUAGCCAAAAAAUGUCUAAAUACAUGUGAUAUUUCGUCAUUUAAUAUGGAACCGAGAGAGUACUCGGCGGCUCGUGUUGUCGAUCAGCUCCGUUGUAUGGCUCUGUCGUCAUGCGACUAGCAAGCUCGCCCGUAUGUUGUGUGUAUGCAUAUUUGAUUAUCUUUUGUUACACUAUCU